GGGGUUUUAAUCCCACAUGAGGGGGGCGGAGUCCCCUUGAGAGAGGAGAGUGAAAAGCUCUUUAACAAGAGACCUUCAGCAAGAAGGCAGAGCAGCUUCCCUACAGCUCAUUUCUUACUGACAAAAAGAGACAACAACCAUCAGAAAGAUGGCGAGCUCUUUCACACGCUUGAUCUCCGGCCGAAACACGGCAGCUCUGUUGGCCAGCUUGGGCGCAGGAACGAUGGCCACUGGCUUCCUGAUGAGCGAAACUGGCCCCCUGGCUGCUGAUAAGAAGACAAAGCUCUAUCCUCCCAGCUCGGACUUCCCCGACCUGAGGAAACACAACAACUGCAUGGCCGCGGCUCUGACUCCCGCCAUUUAUGCCAAACUGAGGGACAAGGUCACCCCCAACAACUGGACCCUGGACCAGAGCAUCCAAACCGGUGUGGAUAACCCCGGGCACCCGUUCAUCAAGACGGUGGGCUGUGUGGCAGGCGACGAGGAGAGCUACGAGGUGUUUGCUGAGCUCUUUGACCCCGUCAUCAAAGACCGGCACAACGGCUACGACCCCAGAACCAUGAAACACCCGACUGACCUGGACUCCUCCAAGAUAACCAACGCCGUGUUCGACGAAAACUACGUCCUGUCGUCCCGUGUCCGCACCGGCCGCAGUAUCCGCGGGCUGAGCCUGCCCCCGGCCUGUUCCAGGGCCGAGCGUCGGGAGGUGGAGCGCGUCGUGGUGACGGCCCUGGCCGGCCUAAAGGGAGACCUGGCCGGACGCUACUACGGCCUGGGAGACAUGACCGAGAAGGAGCAGCAGCAGCUCAUUGAUGACCACUUCCUGUUUGACAAACCUGUCUCUCCUUUGUUGACAUGUGCCUUUAUGGCCCGAGACUGGCCAGACGCCAGGGGCAUCUGGCACAACAAUGAGAAGACCUUCCUGAUCUGGGUGAAUGAGGAGGACCACACCAGAGUCAUCUCCAUGGAGAAGGGAGGCAACAUGAAGAGAGUAUUUGAGAGAUUCUGCAGAGGACUUAAACAGGUAGAGCACCUGAUCCAGGAGAGAGGCUGGGAGUUCAUGUGGAACGAGCAUCUGGGCUACAUCCUCACAUGUCCCUCCAACCUGGGCACUGGCCUCAGGGCGGGGGUGCAUGUGCGCCUGCCAAAACUCAGCCAGGACCCGCGUUUCUCCAAAAUCCUCGACAACCUGCGGCUGCAGAAAAGAGGCACCGGCGGCGUGGAUACCGCCGCUACCGGGGACACCUUCGACAUUUCCAACAACGACCGUCUCGGCAAAUCUGAGGUGGAGCUGGUCCAGCUAUUGGUCGAUGGGGUCAACCACCUGAUUGAGUGUGAGAAGAAGCUCGAGAAGGGACAGGACAUCAAAGUCCCAGCUCCCAUUACUCAGUUCAGGAAGUAAAAGCCUGAUGCAUGGGUGCUUCAGUGUCAGCAGGGGGGGGGGCCGCUCUCUGCUCGGGGCUCCCCUCCCAAACCUCCGAACCACGUCCGUCCACUGCUACAGAACAGGAGCAGGUUUCUUUAUUCCUCCUCCCUCCCUCAUCUUUAGGGGAACCUAAUCUUAAACAUGAACUGCAGUUAGGGGGCGAUUCUACCUCAUGUUUAAGGUCCUCACUGUAAGCCUGACUUCAAUAAAACCAAACAGUAUUAAACACUU